AUGCAACUACUGCAUCCACUUACAGCAAAGAGUACAAGUGAUUCUGAUGCAAACGAAACAUCAACAACAAAUGCAAGUUCUAGUAAUACAUCGUCUACUACCAUUGCAAGUGAAACAAAUACUUCAACCACAAUAUCAAACGAUUCAAAUAUUUCAUCCACCGUAACUUCAAACACAACUGACUUAGAUUCUUCAACCACCGCUAAUACAUCAGCUACUACAAAAACUCCAUCUACCAGUACAGCAAAAAGUACAAGUGAUUCUGAUGCAAACGAAACAUCAACAACAAAUGCAAGUUCUAGUAAUACAUCGUCUACUACCACUGCUAGUGAAACAAAUACUUCAACCACAAUAUCUAACGAUGCAACUACUGCAUCCACUGUAACUUCAAACACAAACGACUUAGAUUCUUCAACCACCGCUAAUACAUCAGCUACUACAAUAACUGAAUCUAGCAGUACAGCAGAGAGUAAAAGUGAUUCUGAUGCAAACGAAACAUCAACAACAAAUGCAAGUUCUAGUAAUACAUCGUCUACUACCAUUGCUAGUGAAACAAAUACUUCAACCACAUUAUCUAACGAUGCAACUACUGCAUCCACUGUAACUUCAAACACAACUGACUUAGAUUCUUCAACCACAGCUAAUACAUCAGCUACUACAAAAACUCCAUCUACCAGUACAGCAAAGAGUACAAGUGAUUCUGAUGCAAACGAAACAUCAACAACAAAUGCAAGUUCUAGUAAUACAUCGUCUACUACCACUGCUAGUGAAACAAAUACUUCAACCACAAUAUCUAACGAUGCAACUACUGCAUCCACUGUAACUUCAAACACAACCGACUUAGAUUCUUCAACCACCGCUAAUACAUCAGCUACUACAAUAACUGAAUCUAGCAGUACAGCAGAGAGUACAAGUGAUUCUGAUGCAAACGAAACAUCAACAACAAUUGCAAGUUCUACUACCACUGCAAGUGAAACAAAUACUUCAACCACUAUAUCUAACGAUGCAACUACUGAAUCGAAUGUGACUUCAAACACAACUGACUUAGAUUCUUCAACCACCGCUAAUACAUCAGCUACUACAAAAACUCCAUCUACCAGUACAGCAGAGAGUACAAGUGAUUCUGAUGCAAACGAAUCAUCAACAACAAUUUCAAGCUCCAAUAAUACAUCAACAACUACUAAUACAGAUGUGACAACUGAAUCGAGCCCAAUUACACUGACAUCUUCGGUUGUGAAUGGAAUUGUUUCGUCCAUAAAUAGUGUUGUUUCAGGUUUGCAAAAUAUUCUUAGCAUUUUUGGUUAAAACAAUUAAAUUUUUUUGGCUUAUAACCCUUUUCUUGCUAGCUUUACAUAUAAAACAAUACGAAAUAUGUUUGAAAUAUUUAGUAGUUUAUUUUUAGUUUGUUUUAUAUAGUUUAUAUUCUUAUGUGCAUUAAGUUUCAUACUAUUAUUCUUCUGUUGUUUAUUUUGAAUCUUAUUUUCCUUAUAACCUUACCAUAAGAUUUUUUCAGGUGUUAAAAUAUGGUUACAUUAAGAAUUAAUGUAUUUCUUAAAAUGUUAAAAGCUCUUUAUAUAUAAAUUAUUAAUAUAUAUUUUAGUGUAAAAUGCCUUUUUUAUAUUCAUAGCCCUUGAAUUAUUUAAAUUAUUUUAAAUUUAAUGAUCUGUAUCUGAUUUUUAAAGUGAUCCUUUUAUAUUUGUAAACCUAGAACUUUCUUUUGCAUAAGGCGUUAUUUAUGCCUGCUGAAUUGUGAAUAUAUAUAGAAGCAUUGAAAAAUAGAUAAGUCUGUGACACUAUUAAAUCGCUUGGAAUAAAUAUACUUUGGAUGUCAUAACGUUAUCCGCAAUUUUUUACAUUUCUUCUCAUGUAUUUUUUGUCAU